AUGGAAACAUUACCCAAUUUACAAGGGAUUGAGAAGCUACCUGGAUCGGACCGCUUAAACGGAAGCUCGUGUUGGAUCAAAGCACUGCAUUCGUUAAAGUUCACGUCUUUGGAUAAGAUCCGUGGCCGUGUUCUCUCUUUCCAGUCUCUGGAAAUUAACGACUUGAAGCUUCAGUUUCUGAUUGCAAAGUGUCCCAAGUUGUUAACUUCGGAGGAAAUUGAUCCAGUGAUUAGGUUUCUAGUUGACGAAUUGGAUGCAAAGCUUGAGCCUGACCUUGUGGAGCGUCUCUUCUCUGUGGCAGACCCAUCAUUCUUGGUUGGUUUCAAUCAGAAGGUAAGGUUGCUUAUCCGCCAUGGAAUUCCCAAAGAGAAGAUCUCACAUGUAUUGGAAAAGGUCAAUCUAACUAAACUGCUGUGUCAAAGAUCAGUUGAAGACAUCGAGAGAGUGAUCAGUUUCUUCGAACCUUUCGGUGGGAUCGGUAUAAUCGUGAGGCGACCCGCCAUUCUCAACUUCGACUUGGAUGGCCAAUUAGUUCCUCGAGUAAGUUUUCUUAGGAACCUGAGCGGGGAAGACGAUCAUGCCACUGGAACCGUUCUACAUCGGCUCCCCGCCAUUUUGAGUUACAGUGUGGAGCAUAUGGAUAGCCAUGUUGAGUUCCUCAAGUCUUUCGCCGGCUUGACAAGUGAUCAAGUGUUUAAGAUCAUCCAUGUGUUCCCUAACGUUAUCAGCACCAGUAAGGAGAGAAAACUUCGACCGAGGAUAGGGUUUCUGAAGCAAUGUGGCUUGGAUUCCCUCGAAAUAUUCAAGUUCCUGAGUAAAGCUCCGUUAUUUCUAGCUCUCUCAGAAGAUAAUCUCUCGCAAAAACUCGGGUUUCUCGUAAAGAUCGGGUAUGAGCACAGGACAAAGGAGCUGGCCCAUGCAAUGGGAGCUGUGACCAGAACGAGCAGCGACAACAUGCAGAGGGUAAUAGGGCUGUACUUGACUUACGGGCUAUCACUUGCAGACAUUCUUGCAAUGAGCAAGAAACACCCUCCGGUUCUGCAGUAUACACACUGUUCUUUGGAGGAGAAGAUGGGGUAUUUGAUCGAGGAAAUGGGUCGGGAAGUGGAAGAGCUUCUGGCUUUCCCUGCAUUUCUCGGGUACAAGCUCGAUAGCCGGAUCAAGCACAGAUACGAAGCGAAGAGAACGAUCAGAGGAGAAAAUAUGUCACUCAAUAAGCUGUUGACUGUGUCAACCGAGAGAUUCUCUAAGAAGAAGGAUAAAACUGAAUCUCUGGUUCAUGACUGAGACUGGGUAAAGGAACAACCAAAAAGACAAGUGAAUCCAAGAUGAGUAAUGAAGAGGUUAAGUCCGACAAGGUACGAGAAAUGAAGAGAUUACCAAGUCCGGCAAGGUACGAGAAAUGAAGAGCAACAAGUUGAUCUUUUUCUCCGUACAUAUAUAUAAAGAAGAUGCAAGAAAUGAUCACACAAAAAAUGUAGUUUGGGAAUUUUGUUCGUUCAAUGGUAUAAUGGGCCAGUCACGUUUGGGCUUCUUACAGGCCCAUCACAGCCCAUGAGAUGUGAGAUAAAUAUGAAUAUGUAUCAAUAAAUAUAUUAAUUUUUAAUUUA